AUGCGACAGCGACCGACGAAAGAGGAUGUGCGAAGAUCGGGCAAGAAGAAGAAAGAGUUGAAUAUGCGGCACGGCUGGGAGGCACAACUUUCGAACGAAGAGGUCACACGCAGCCUGAGCGAGAACUUCUUCAUGUACUAUGAGGAAAGGCGACAUGAGACUGCUGGGAAUCUGCCGCCGGGAUAUGAUCCGGCGAGUGUGCUGACCGAGUGGCGCAUGAAAGAUCGUCUGAAGACCGUCUCGGCACUGCUCGCGGUCUGUUUGAAUGUUGGAGUUGACCCUCCGGAUGUGAUCAAAACCAAUCCUUGUGCCCGUCUGGAGUGCUGGGUCGAUCCUGUUCCGCCGGACAGCACAAACCAGAGCUCGAACAAUACAAACGCACAAAUCGGGAAGAAUCUACAGUCACAAUACGAGAACUUGUCACUGCGGACGCGAUACAAGGUCAUUCUGGAUCCCACGAUAGAGGAGCUGAAAAAGUACACCACACAACUUCGGCGGACGGCACAUGCAGAGCGGCUACUGUUUCACUACAAUGGUCAUGGUGUGCCGAAGCCGACACAAAGUGGAGAGGUCUGGUGCUUCAACAGAAGCUACACACAAUACAUUCCCAUCAGUCUAUACGAUCUCCAAGAGUGGGUAGGUGCUCCAGGACUUUGGGUGUGGGAUUGCAGUGCAGCAGGUGGUAUCAUCCAAGGUUUCCUAGAAGCGGCGCAGAAACACAAUCUGAGCCAGCAGGAAGCUCUGCAAAAAGACCCGAACCGCGCUCAACAGCAGGCCAUUACAAAGUGGGAAGACUGCAUACAUCUUGCGGCUUGUCGAGAGAAUGAAGUGCUCCCCACGAAUCCCGACCUUCCGGCAGAUCUUUUCACUUCUUGCCUCACGACUCCAAUCAUGAUGGCGGUACGAUUCUUCAUCCUGCAAAAUCCACUAACUUCCACAUCGGGCGUCAGUCUUGCCCAGGCACGGAACAUUCCUGGCAAAGUCAGUGAGCGUAGAACGCCGUUGGGCGAACUGAAUUGGAUUUUCACGGCGAUCACGGAUACGAUCGCAUGGAACAUGCUUCCCAAGCCUCUUUUCAAGAAGCUCUUCCGGCAAGACUUGAUGGUGGCUGCAUUGUUCCGAAAUUUUCUCCUGGCACAAAGAGUGAUGCGAAUGUACCACUGUCAUCCGCUGUCAUAUCCUGCCAUCCCCAAUACGUACGAUCAUCCACUGUGGAAGAGCUGGGAUCUGGCUGUGGAGAUGAUUCUUUCUCAGCUUCCGAGGCUGAUCGAACAGCAGAAGGCGAAUGAUGCGGCUCUUGAGUACCAACAUUCGGACUUCUUCGCCGAUCAACUGUCCGCGUUUGAAGUGUACCUCACUUCUGCUCCGAGCAAUCCUGGCGCAGCAGGGUAUGCCAAACCGCCAGAGCAAUUGCCGAUCGUCCUGCAAGUGUUACUUUCGCAAGUUCACCGGCUGAGAGCGCUCAUUUUGUUGUCCAAAUUCUUGGAUCUUGGCCCAUGGGCGGUCAGUCUUGCUCUCAGCAUUGGAAUCUUCCCCUACGUGUUGAAGCUUUUGCAGUCUCAAGCUCUCGAACUCAAGGCUCCCAUGGUGUUCAUUUGGUCGAGGAUUCUUGCGGUGGACUCAAGCUGCCAGACUGAUCUGCUCAAGGAUCAUGGCUUUGCUUACUUUACGAACAUUCUCGUCUCUACCAACGGCAUUCCCAUGGGUAAUGUUGCUGAACAUCGAGCAAUGUGCACUUUUAUCAUCGCAAUCUUCUGCAAGGACAUGAACGCUGCGAAAAUGGCUGUUCUCGACAGUAAUCCAGAAGUCAUCGAUUGUUGCCUGCGGCACCUCCACGACAUGGAGAAUCCACUGUUGCGGCAGUUCAGCUUGCUUUGCUUGAGUCACAUGGUGCGAGACUGCUCGCCCGUAAAGGAUCAAUUUCUCGCCCAGAAUGGUGGGAGUCGCAUCGCAGAUCGUAGUCACGACCCUGUAGCAGAGGUCCGGGUGGCCUGCUUGAACGCCUUGACUAGCUUUAUCGCCACGGGUGAUUCUGCUGAUGCGUGGGUUGAGCAUGGAGAAGAACUCCUUGUACGACGACAAGAGGAGCAUCUGAUUGGCGUCGUCAUCACUAUGGGAAUGGACGGCUCCAUCAUGGUGCGAAGAGAAUUGACGGUGCUGUAUUCAGAGUUUGUGCUCAAAUAUAUGCCUCGCUUUCUUACCGCUGCGUGGGAGCAGCUUCUCGAAGAACAGGACAAGAAGCGUGGGCAAGAGCAGAAUGCCGAUGACUUCGUUGCGAUGCAGGCAAUUGAAGGGUCAAAUGAUCUUCAGAUGAUCAACGGCACAAGAGCAGCCAUAUCGCAUAAUCGUAGUGCAGCUGAAACAUCUCGCGGGACUGUAUACCGCGCUGUGUGGCGUCAAUUGAUGAGCCUUUCAGCAGACCCACAUCCAGAAAUCUCGAAGAACGCCGGUGCCAUCGUCGAUAAUGUGCUCAAUGCGGUCCUCGAGUCUCCGCUAGGUACCCACGCCGAGGCAAUACUCGACAGCUUACAAUCACAGGAGCCGAUUGUCGACAUUAUUCUCCCUGCCACCACACCAACUGCAUCGGAAGCACUGACAAAGACGAAGUCCAACGACACGCGGCCAGAAACGCCUCCUAGUCCUGCGCCAUCUUCGGCUUCAAGACCCGAUGGCUAUUUUGCCCUUUCGCGCACUGCCAGUGUCGCUGCUGCAAUGAAGAAUCUCAUCGGAUGGGGUCCGAAAACACCAGGCGAGCCAUCAUCCCCCGGCUCACCUACGCACACUCGUCGAAAUUCCGCAGCCACACCCUACCGAUCACGACCACUCACGCCAUACGACGCUGCACUGCUGCCACCGGACGCUCUUGAUAAUAUUACAGGGCGUCCGCCGCAUCAGCCGCCCGCGAACGUCCCUCCGACACCAUUCUUCAAGAGACGCGAGAAGAAUACUCUUCCUGAUCUGCCGUUGAAAUCCGAAUUCUUCGAAUGGGCCUCCUCCCACUUCCGCGAAGUCCAGAUGCGACCGAAUGAAGCCGACGAGCCAGGGUCGAAAGACUACAAUGAGCGACUAUGGCGACGGAACCGUAACGACAAGAUCAUUGCCUCAACACAACCACUGAAGGAAGCUGCCGGCAGCACACCUUGGGAUAAACCUUGCGGCUACUUCGGUAUCGGCGCUGCUCCUGUGAAGAUGGUCUUCCACCAAUUCGAAAACCACCUCGUCACCUCCGACGAUCGGGACUCCAUCGCCGUCUGGGACUGGUCAGCAGAACGUCAACUCCACCGCUUCUCCAAUGCCAAUCCUCGCGGCUCCCGUGUGACGGAAGUCCGCUUCAUCAACGAAGAUGACACAGCCAUGCUCAUGAUCGGAUCUUCGGAUGGUGUCAUCAAGAUCUACCGCAAUUACGAAUCUCCCGAGCACUGCCACCAUGUCGCUUCCUUCCGCGCUCUCUCCGAUCUGGUUCCCUCCGACAAAGGCGGAUCCGGUCUCGUGUUCGACUGGCAACAAGGCCAAGGCAAGGCUCUUGUGGCUGGAGAUGACCGCGUCGUCCGCGUCUGGGGCGUCGGAACCGAGCUCGCUAUCCGCGAUAUCGGCACAAGGUCUUCUGCAUGCAUCACGUCCCUCACCUCCGACCAAGUCGAAGGCAACAUUUUCGUCGCCGGUUUUGGUAAUGGUAGCGUCAAAGCUUACGACCAACGCUGCGAAGACAAAGACACCCUCGUCCGCGGCUGGAAUGAGCACAAAUCGUGGAUCGUUGGCGUGCACCUCCAGCGUGGAGGUAUGCGCGAGCUCAUCUCCGCUGACUCGAGCGGCCACAUUCGACUCUGGGACUUGCGCUACCCUGGGGCCGUGGCUGCCAUCAACCCUCCUGCUUCUCGACAAGAGCCGCGCAGUCUACGAACACUCAGCGUUCACGAACAUGCGCCUGUGUUUGCAACGGGAGGUAAAGAUCAUACGAUUAGAGUGUACAACACGGAUCUCAAACCACUCAGUACGUUUGAGCCGUAUAUGAGUUAUUUGCGGGUUGGAUUGAGCGGUGCGCCGAGGAAUGCGCCAAUCACGGCGACGGCUUUCCAUCCGCACCGUAUGAUGUUGGCUUGUGGGGCGGUGAAUGAUGGGCAUGUGAAUUUGUUCAAGUGUGAUGUUGAGGCGGAGGAGAGGGGUGUGUUGAGUAGUAAUGUUGAUGCUGGACAGGGUGUUGUGCAAGAGUGGAGGGGUUGA